ACAUUCGGGAUGUUUCGAGUCUGAUCGACAUUGACCUUCGUUGCACGUAAACCGAAUAUACCGAAUGUACGUAAACAACUUGGAGGACAGAAACCACAUGCUUUACUCGGCUGUUUUUUAUUGGUUACAACAAAACUGUAAAUAGAACUGAAACUUGGGAAAUACAAACAUUACUUCAGUGUAUUUGGAUUGUUGCUGUCAAUUGUAGACCCACGUUGUAAAGGAAUAAAGGCAUUUGUUUUAUGUCGGUACUGAUGAUGCAAAAUGGGUUGCAGUUAAUAAUGAAACAGAAUACAAGAAAGAACCAAUUGCUGGAUGGUAUUCCAAACGAUAGGAAUUUUAGUCUCUUUAAAUUAAUUUUUCACUUGUAAAUAUGUCUCUAUCAUCUUCUGCCAGUAGUGAUGGGGAGAUUAUGCUUUUCCCUAUAUCAUUGUUUGAUGAUGAUGAUUAUGGCCGAGGAGGUGACGCAUCUGAUGAAAGGGAAUCGGAAAGUGAGAAUGAAGAAAAGCCAAAGGCUUUUAUGACACUUCGUCAAAGACGAUUAUCAAGAGCGCUUUUAAGUGCACCAAGUAUUACACUUGAUAUAAACAAGAACUUAAAUGCUAGUAGAGCAAAAAUCAAUUGGUUAAGAGCAAUUCGUAGAGCAAGAGAUCAGUAUGAACAUGAUCCAUGGUCGAAGUUCCACAUUGAACAAAUUCAAACGGAAAUGUGUAUUAGACAUAGAUAUAAUCCACACAAGAAAAUAUGGAGUACAGAUGAAGUCCAAGUCAAAAUGCAAACAAAGGCAUUUACAAGAGGAGCAAUGAGACAGUGUUACAGAACGAAGAAGUUGUCCAAGUUUUCUUCAGCCCAUUCACAAGACUGGAACCAUGCCUUGAACUAUGUAUCCAAACGUUACAUAGAGGAGGUUGAUAGAGAUGUGUACUUCCAAGAUGUCAAGUUACAGAUGGAUGCUAAAAUCUGGGCAGAGGAAUUUAAUAGACAUAAUCCACCUAAAAAGGUUGAUAUGAUGCAAAUGUACAUCUUGGAGUUCAAGAAUAGGAAAGGAUCACCGCUAUACCACCUGGAACAUUAUAUUGAAGGCAAUUAUGUCAAGUAUAAUUCCAACUCAGGAUUUGUAGAAGAUUCAUUAAGAUACACUCCUCAGGCCUUGAGUCAUUUUACAUUUGAGAGAUCUGACCACCAGCUUAUUGUUGUUGAUAUCCAGGGAGUUGGUGACCUAUAUACUGACCCCCAGAUUCAUACUAUUGAUGGUACAGAGUAUAACGAGGGUAACUUGGGAGCUAAAGGCAUUGCUCUCUUUUUCCAUUCACAUGUCUGUAAUGAGAUCUGCCACAGCUUGAGUCUUACUGAGUUUGAUUUGUCACCAAAAGAAUUACAGAAUCAUCAAGAUUUUCUUAGAAAACAGAGAAAAUCCUUCAUGAUGACGCGAGUAAGAGGAACAGAGGAACAGUGUCAUUCAUUGUCAAGGUCACCAGGAGACAUGAGUGUUGACAUCACUGAGUUCCUAAGGCAACGAUCAACAUCGUCUCACAUCAGUGAUUCUGCUGUUGAUAGUCCUAGUCCAGGAUUUGAUGAUGACCCAAUGUCAAUAGAUAGUCCAGUCAACAUGUCCAAUCCUGGCAAUGUUAGAUUUAGAUGCAUGAGUGAAUCAGAUAGUCAGUCAUCCAUAACUGCUGAUGUUGCUAAAAACAUAUAUCUGGGUCUUACCAAUAUAUAUCUGGAUGUUUUAAAGGAGAAUUCAGUAUCUAAGCAACAGGAUUUACACAAACAAAAGGAAGAGAGAUUUAUUUUCCAAAGAAUGGCAGCACAGAGAGCGAGACCAUCAUGUGUGGCUUUAGAGAAAGAUCUUAGAAAAUUAAACAAUCUCAGAAUAGGAGAUUCUAUCCUUGGAAAGGUUCACCAUGAGAUGGCUAAGUACCAUGAAGUAGGAAGAUUUGUAAUUGGUGACGACUUGACUGGAGAAAAUAUAGACUGGGAGUCAGCCAUCUUUCAUGAAGAACAUGCUGCUGAACUUGGGGAGCUGGAAGCUAUUCUUACAAUGGCUAAACUGUAUCUGGAUUUGGAAAGAGAUGUACUUGCUAAUUGCACUGUUGAGCAAACAGAAGAGAAUAGAGAACAAGGCCUACAGUAUAUGAUACAGGCUGCUGAAGCAGGAGAUAGAGGAGCUAUGUUAUACAUGGCUAAAGCCUUUGAAACUGGAGAAGGACUAAAUACCAACAGAAGCAUAUCUUGGGAGGAUGCCAUCCAUUAUUAUGAUUUGGCAGUGAAAACUGACAACCAUGAUGAAGGUGGAGAGUAUGAUAGUACCAUUAAUGAUCCUCUGUAUCAGAUACAGGCCAAACAGGCAGAGCUGUACAGAUAUGGAGGUCAUGGUCUAAAGAAAGACCCUAGUACUGCUGGUGAUUUAUAUAAUGAAGCAGCUGAGGCAGCCAUGGCUUCAAUGAAGGGGAGACUGGCAAAUAAAUACUUUGCUUUAGCAGAAGAAUGCUACGCUGAGAUUGAGGAAGAGGAAGAAGAAUCUGAGCAGUAAACACCCUAACUUACGAAAUUGACUUUACCAUUUCAUUAAUGUUGGAUCAGUCCAAUGUUAUUUUGAGGAGAAUUCUUGGAACAUUUGUAAACAGUGAUAUUUUUGUAUUGAAAAACUAUUGCUUGUUGCAUUUCAAAAUGCUUUGACAUUUGACAAUGAAUGAUUGAUUUGUAACAAGUUAAACCAUAUUUUUUCAUUGUUGUGCAUUUUACAAUAAUUCCAGUUUUAAGUGUUAUUAAUGUAGUGAAUUAUGUUGUAACUUUUUAUAAAUAUUAUGCAAUAUACUCAUAUUCACAAAAUAGUGCUAAAAAGUUUAUCUCUCUUUAUAUAGAAAUUUAAAAAAAAAACAUACAAUGUUUUUGACUGUCUGUACAGCUGCUAUUUAUAUGAUGCUGUAAAUGGCUGAGUAUGUACAUUUUCUAAUAAGUGCUGAUUUUUUAUUUUCUAAAUAGUGCUGAUUUUUAAGUUUUUUUAAGAA